AUGAUUAAGAUUGAACAAAUGAAACAAUGUAAUGGGAUAAAGGAGGAAGAAAUAACUAUUCAUAUAGGAAUAUGUCUGAAAGCGAACAUGUCAGAAAGUGUAGAGCAUUGUUCUUCUUCUGUCACUACUGAAGAUAGCAAUGUAAGAAUUUUCAAAACACCUACUCAGCCUUUGCUUCCUAAAAUAUAUUAUAAUUCUAGAGGUGAUAAAGAGUAUAUGCCAUGUUGUUCUUCUGAAAACAAACCUUUUCUUGGUAUGAUAUUUGAUUCUCUUCAAGAUGGUAUUGCCUUUUAUUACAAAUAUGCUAAUGAGCGUGGAUUUAAAGUCCGUUCUAGUACUACUAAAUCACAAAAGAAUAAGGAUGAUCCUACUGGUAAAGGAGUUACUUUAAUAAAAUAUUUAUUAUGUAGCAAAGAAGGGUAUGUGACAAAUAACAAGAAAUCUGGUAAACAAGUUGAAGGUGCUUGUUUAAAGAGAAAGACUAUGAAGAGAGUUGGUUGUCCUGCUAAGAUAAAAUUUAGGUUUUGUAAUGAUGGGAAGUAUAUGGUGUAUUGUUUUUAUGAAUCUCAUUCUCAUCCUUUUUCUACACCUAUUACUAGGCAAGUUACUAAACAUGAAUUUGGUUUAAAUUUUGCUCAUAAGAAGUUCAUUUUUGACAAUUCAAAGUUAAAUAUAGGGGUUGUUAUGUCUUAUAGGAUCAUGAAAGAACUUUGUGGUGGGUUUCAAAAUGUCAGGGGCAGUAAAAAUGAUUUCAAAAAUUUUUCUAGGGACUUGAAAGUUUAUAUCUCUAAUGCUGAUGGUGCGAUGUUUGUUCAGAACCUUGAACAAAAAGUGAAAACCAGUAAAGGGGGUUAUUUUUUUGAUUACUGUGUUGAUGAAAGUAAGCAUUUGACCCGUGUCUUUGGGUUGAUGCUCUUGAGAUGUGUUACAUUUUGUGCUGCUCUAUUAUCUAAAGAAGACAUAGAUUCGUUUGUUUGGCUAUUUCAAACUUUUUUGAAGUGUAUGGGAAGAGAACCUUCUUGUAUUAUCACUGAUCAAGAUCCUACAAUAGGUAUUGCCAUAAAAAAGCUAAGUGCAGUAGUUUGGGAUAGAGAGAUUGAUCUUCAUGUAUUUGUUGAUGGCUGGAAUAGUGUUAUGGAGGAGUGUAACCUUGUUGAUCAUGAGUGGUUUGCAUACAUGUUCAAGAUUAAACAUAUUUGGAUUCCUGCAUAUUUUAGGGACUUAUUUAUGGGUGGGUUACUGCGUUCUACAUCUAGGUCUGAAGGUGAAAAUAGUUUCUUUUGUAACUUUACAAACCCUCAUGUGACUUGUGUUGAAUUCUUUGUUCGUUAUGAAACUGCGCUUGAUACUCAAAGGCAUGAACAGGAUGAGUUGUACAGGCUUAAUAAACUUGAGCCUCAAUUGAUUACUAAUUUACACUUGGAAAAGCAUGCUGCUGAUAUUUAUACUCGUGCCAUAUUUUAUGAUUUUCAAGAAGAAUGUCAGGGAUCCUGUUUUUUAUGUGGAGUUGAAAGUUGUAGUUCUUUGUAUGGAGACGGUGUGAAGUUUUCUGUUAUUGUUGAUCAUGAGAAAAGGAAAAAUUUUGUUGUUAAUUUUGAUUUGGCAACAUAUGAGUCAAGUUGUACUUGUAGAAUGUUUGAGAGUCAAGGUGUUUUAUGUAGACACAUUUUGUUUGUUAUGAAAGGCAAGUGUGUACGUGAAAUUCCUGAUGCUUACAUCUUGAAUCGUUGGAGAAAAGAUGCAUUGAAGAAAGCUUCUGUCAUAGAUGUUGCUUUAGAUGAUGCUUCUAAGUAUGAUAAGAAGAAGCAAUUGGUCAGUGAUGUAUGGUCCAAGAUUUUUAGUUGUGUCAGUUUAACUGAUCAAUCUGAGGAUGAUUUAUCAGAGCUUAUUAAGACAUUAUCUUCAUUUGAGGAGCAGAUGAUAUCAAAGAAUAAUCCUGAAAAUGCACCUAGUUCAAAAGAGGUGAAAGAUGCUGAUAUUCAGGUUUUGGUUGGGUCAAAUAAAGUUGAUGUAAAUGCCUUGCCUCAAAAUCAGUGUCUUAAUAAGGGUUCUGCCAGAAGUUCAAAGAGUUUGAAGAGUGCAAAAGAAAUAGCUACUAAAGCAAAAUCUAAAAAAGGCAGAACUUGUAUAGCUUGUGGGAAAUCUGGUGUUUCCCAUGACAGUAGAAACUGUCCAAACAAGUAG